CGUUGUAAUAAGUUUGAUUCCUCAACCACCAAACGAAAACCGACAGAGAUCAAAUCUAGACUUGAAAACAGCAUCGCAUCUUCUUUUUUUGGGGACUGUGUUUCGCAAGAUUGCGCUCAACCAUUAUUAUGCCCGGGUCGCCGCGAACUCCACGACACUCUCGCAACUCAUCAGCAAUCGACAGCUUUGCGGGCUCCCCCCAAAUUCGACGGUAUUCGAGAUCCUCCACGCAAGAUGCGGCAACGUCGUUCAACCACAGCCCAAGCCAUGAUGCUCUCGAUCUCUCAGUACUAGGCGGUGGCGGAUCAGGGGCCAACGGAAUGGGGAACUUAGCUGAUGAGUUGGCGGACGCAUUUUCCGAUUCAGGGGAAGAGGGCGACUACGAUCCCGAGCCGACAGACCAGGCAGAACACACCAACGACGCAUCACGAGGCGCAACGACAAACGAUGAGGCAAGAAAGAAAGAAGCCGAUGCGGCGAGCUUGCUCUCCCCUCGCGCAAAGGGUCACCAGAGAAAAACCAGUCUAUAUGAUGGCAGUGACUAUGGCUCGGACUCAGACCUUGACAUUGCCGGCAUACCCCCCAGCUUGAUGGCCAAGAUUGACGCUGUCGAAAACCUCACCAUUCGCGGGACGGAUAACUUCGGAGGCACAGCAGACGACGUACUGACGCGGGUAAUUCAGGAGCUGCGUGACUUGGGAUCGCAAUCCAGCGUCGAAGGCAGCGCUUCGAGACUUAUAACAGCACACUCUGCGUUGACGACGCAUCUUGCACACCAGACUCGUCAACUUCACAACCUCACCUUUCCCUUGCUAUCUCCACUAGCACCGGCUCCUGACGCUGAAACGAUUGAAACGCUUGAGCCGCUACUGGUAUCUCUGACAGAAGACAUGCCACGACCAUCGACGUCGGCGUUCAACUCUCUCACAGCGCUACAUUCCAUCACAUCGGAAUUAAUACAGUCGCUGAGUUACCUCUCGGAUACGCUGCACAUGUCCCGCCAGACAACGGCCGCGGCCAGCCGCAGACUGAAGAGCGCAAAGGAGCUCGUUGCCGAAAUCAGGAAAGAGGAUGACUUGAGAGAACAAGGGGAGGAGUGGCUGACUAGAGGAAACUGGGGCGAGCGGUUGGAGAAAAGGGAGUGUGCAAGCGUCUGCGGAGAAGUGAUUGGCGGGUUUGAAGAUGUCUGCAAUUCCUGGAGAGAGCGGCUGCUGGCCCAGGCCGAAUCCCAGGCGUAA